CUCCCCAUUGGCUGAGGGAGUGUGAGAACCUCCAGCGAGCCACAGACCCACACAUUCAUAUGGAGAUUGGCGGGUAUAAAUAGAGGGUCUGCGGCGCUGAGGACGGCAGAUCAGAACUUUCUAGCUCUUCCAGGCAUGGCUCCGACUGCUUAUGGAUCAGCUCACUUCCCCAAGGAACACCUGACUUCUUCUCACAAGAUGAGGAAGCCAAUGGUGGAGAAGCUGCGGCGAGACCGCAUCAACACCAGCAUCGAACAGCUCAAGUCACUGCUGGGCCCCGAGUUCCUCCGCCAGCAGCCCGACUCCAAGCAGGAGAAGGCGGACAUCCUGGAGAUGGCCGUGUGCUACCUGAGGAGCUGGCAGCAGCUCAAAGCCAGCGCGGCGUCCUCCGCCAAGGACGGCUACGCCCACUGCGUGCACCAGGCGGUCGACUUCCUGUCACGCUGCAAGAUCCAAACCCCGGCCCAGAGGCGCCUGCUGGGACACUUCCAGGACCUGCAGGGAGCUCCUUGCAGCGUGUCCCCACCGGGAUCCCCCCUCCAGGGCGGCUCCGGCAAGGGAGCCGGCGUGGCCGGUGUCACUCUGUGGAGACCCUGGUAGUCACCUACCAGAACCAGAACCACGGGACUCAAUUAAGUUCUUUUGCGUCACUGUGUGGCCAAACGUAAUCCUUUGGAAGGACUCCAGUACGAUCAUGCGGUCAUCAUGUGACCUUUAUGUGUACGUUUGUCAAGCAAACUAUUUCUUGUCAUCACACCCACAUUGGGUUUCGACUCCCUGAAGUGUCUGCGACACACUUUUCGAUACCGCGUAUCACGUCAGUCAGCAUCCUAAAUCCUACGGAUUGACUCAUGUCGUAAAUCGUUUCUUGAUUUCUCACCGUUAUCACCAUGUGUAACCAUUAUUUGUGGUGUUUUGUUUUAAUGUUGCAUCGUUUUGCAUGCGCCUGUCAAUGCAUCUGUGUUGUCUUCUAAAUGCCUUUUAUAAAGGAAUCCCUUGCUUCCCUGAGAAGUUGGCUCUGAAAAUAAAUGCAAAACUUCACACGAAGUUUUUUUUUGU